GGAGAGGAUGGUGCAUUUUCUGGUCAUACUCUGGCCCAUGCCGCAAUGGAUUCUCCCUCUGAAGACGUAAUGCAUGAUGAUCGGUUGAGGGAAGCCCUUGAUAUCAAGCCAGCUACAGAACGGAUCCUUCAAUUCACAAAAACCGCCCCCGCCCCCGAGAAGACCCUACGAUUGCCAUGCAGCGCGAACUCGUGAAACCUCUCUAUGCCAGACCUGGUGCUCUCGGAACCUCGAAUGGGGUAUACACUAAUAUGACCCGGCGGAUCCCAACUGCAGCUGAAAGAAUCUUGGACGCCCCAGGAAUGAUUAACGAUUAUUAUCUCAAUCUCAUUGCGUGGUCAUGUACAAAUCUCGUUGGUGUCGCGCUGCGCGAGUCCGUGUACAUUUGGAAUGCGGAAACAAACGAGACCGAGAUUCUCAGCACCUGUGAGAAUGAAAAUGGAUACGUCUCCUCAGUCGACUUCUCGAGUGAUGGGUCGUAUUCAGGUAUCGGUCUUGAUUCUGGCGAGGUUGAGAUAUGGGACGUGGAAACUAAGCAAAAGCUGCGAACCAUGUCUGGCCAUCAAGGCCAGGUAUCGGUUCUCAGCUGGAACCACCACAUCAUAUCCUCGGGGUGUGCAGACGGGAGUAUAUGGCAUCAUGACGUAAGGAUCGCAAAUCACAAGGUCAUGGAACUGUUGGGGCAUACCGGUGAGGUGUGUGGGCUAAAGUGGAGGCAAGAUGGCGAAGCCCUUGCGAGUGGAGCCAACGAUAACGUCGUGAACUGCUGGGAUCCACGCGUAGGAACCGCAGGAAGCAAUAGUCGUGGGCAGCCAAAAUGGUCAAAGUCUGUCCACACGGCUGCUGUGAAGGCCAUCGCAUGGGCCCCAUGGAAUAUGAAUAUCCUCGCGUCCGGCGGAGGAACAAGUGAUUGCAAGAUCAAUGUUUGGUCUGCAUCGACCGGCUCCCGGUUACAUUCAUUGACAACGCCUGCUCAAGUAACAUCUGUUCACUUCAGUCCUCACUCCAAGGAGAUCUUCAGUACACACGGUUUCCCGACCAAUGCCAUCAUGCUCCACUCUUACCCCGCACUUGAGAAAAUCACGGAGAUACGAGAUGCUCACGAUGCUCGUAUUCUCAAUUCGGCUGUCAGUCCAAAUGGUGACUUCAUCGUUACCAAUUCUGGUGAUGAAAAUAUCAAGUUCUGGAGAAUUUGGGAACUUCCGGUCAAGAAGCACAAAAAGAAGCAGAACGUUCAACUAGAGAAUGGCCUGCAAUCUAUUCGUUAACAAGGACAUUGGGUCCCUUGCACAACACAUCCGUUUGUAUGUACAAAUGACAGUUAUCUGUGUUGCGCACGGGAAGCUGCAUGAACGAUUUGACAAUUCUAUUCUCCGUAUCGACAAAUAGACAAAUAUAUUCGGCCAACUCCGCUACAA